AGAGGCCGAAGUGGAAGUUGGCGUAACGGCAGUAAGGGGCGGGGCCGAAACGGCCCAGGGGGCGGGCGUUUGAAAUCAGUGCCUUAGAGUAGACCCUAAACAUCAUUUUAUACCUUCAAGAACCAAUUACUUAAUGUCUCUUCCGUCUUUUCCGUCCCCGACCCCCUCCCAGACUCCAUUCCGGUACUGCGUGGACGGAAAGCCCCGGGUAGCCGACACCACGUCCCCGGCUAGCGGGCUAGAGCGUGGAAAAGGAUUACACCAAACUGUUUAAAUCCAACGACUCCUGCUUCCAUCCUUUCUCCUGAGCUAGAACCAACAAGCCUAGAGAGUUGGGCUUCGGAAAAACUAGUGUUUUCAUUUAAUUGGAUAUGAAGAAAGAACAAAUAAGUACGGGGCAACCACGAUCUUUAUAAAGAACAUAAGUUCCAGGAAAGCAGGAACCUUGUCUCUCUUGUUCACUGGGUGUAUCCUCUGCAUAUAGAACAGUGCCUGGCACAUAAUAGGUACUGAAUUUUGUUCUAAACACUGAGGACAUACUCUGCUACAUUUGGGUCACCCCCCCCUGCCCAGGUCUGAGUAAUUCAAUAGACUUUAAGAAGACAGAGCCCAGCAGCAACUGAAACAUAAGAGUUGCAGGGUCAGCUAACAUCAAUGCCUGGGCAAAGUUGCUGCCCAGAGUGGAAUCUCCCUGGUGAAUAAACAAGCCUGAGAAAGAUUAUCAUCUCAUUUGCAAAAAAAGUAGGCUUAGGCUGGUAGAUCCUGCUACCUCAUAGAUACACCAACCCAAUUUUUUUUAAAGUAGCAUUUGCCUACAUCAUCAACUAUAUAGAACAUACCUAAACACUGCGCGUUUACUGCUAAUUAAAUGGAAAGUAUGAAGUCUAAGGCCAACUGUGCCCAGAAUCCAAACUGUAACAUAAUGAUAUUUUAUCCAACCAAAGAAGAGUUUAAUGAUUUUGAUAAAUAUAUUGCUUACAUGGAAUCCCAAGGUGCACACAGAGCUGGCUUGGCUAAGAUAAUUCCACCCAAAGAAUGGAAAGCCAGAGAGACCUAUGAUAAUAUCAGUGAAAUCUUAAUAGCCACUCCCCUCCAGCAGAUGGCCUCUGGGCGGGCAGGGGUGUUUACUCAAUAUCAUAAAAAGAAGAAAGCCAUGACUGUCGGGGAGUAUCGCCAUUUGGCAAACAGUGAAAAAUAUCGGACUCCACCACACCUGAAUUUUGAAGAUUUGGAGCGAAAAUACUGGAAGAACCGCAUCUAUAAUUCACCAAUUUAUGGUGCUGACAUCAGUGGCUCCUUGUUUGAUGAAAACACUAAACAGUGGAAUCUUGGGCACCUGGGAACAAUUCAGGACCUGCUGGAGCAGGAAUGUGGGGUUGUCAUAGAAGGCGUCAAUACACCCUACUUGUACUUUGGCAUGUGGAAGACCACGUUUGCUUGGCACACGGAGGACAUGGACCUUUACAGCAUCAACUACCUGCACCUUGGGGAGCCCAAAACUUGGUACGCAGUGCCCCCAGAACAUGGCCAGCGCUUGGAACGCCUGGCCAGAGAGCUCUUCCCAGGCAGUUCCCGGGGCUGUGAGGCCUUCCUGCGCCACAAGGUGGCCCUCAUCUCACCUACAGUUCUCAAAGAGAACGGGAUUCCUUUCAAUCGCAUGACUCAGGAGGCUGGGGAGUUCAUGGUGACUUUUCCCUAUGGCUACCAUGCAGGCUUCAAUCAUGGCUUCAACUGUGCAGAGGCCAUCAAUUUUGCCACUCCACGAUGGAUUGAUUAUGGCAAAGUGGCCUCUCAGUGUAGCUGUGGGGAGGCGAGGGUGACCUUUUCCAUGGACGCCUUUGUGCGCAUCCUGCAACCCGAGCGCUAUGAGCUGUGGAAACGUGGGCAAGACCGGGCAGUUGUGGACCACAUGGAGCCCACGGUGCCGGCCAGCCAAGAGCUGAACGCCCAGAAGGAAGUCAAGUUGCCUAGGAGAGCAGCGUUGGGCCUGAGACAACUCCCGCCCCACUGGGCCCGGCAUUCCCCUUUGCCUAUGGUUGCCGGCAGUGGGACUCACUCCCACACCCUUAUGUGCUCUUCACUCCCACGCCGAUCUGCAGUCAGUGGCACUGCUAUGCACCCCAGAGCUGCUGCUGUCCACAGCUCUAGGAAGCCCAGAUCAACUCUAUCAUCCACCCCUGGUCCAUCUGCACAGAUUAUCCACCCGUCAAAUGGCAGACGUGGUCGUGGUCGCCCUCCUCGGAAACCGAGAGCUCAGGAGCUGACCCUCCAGAUUCCAGCCAAAAGGCCCCUCUUGCUGGGUACAACAUGCACAGCUUCGGGCCCAGAACCUGAGCCCCUGCCUGAGGAUGGGGCUUUGAUGGACAAGCCUGUAUCACUGAGCCCAGGGCUCCAGCAUCCUGUUAAGGCUUCUGGGUGUAGCUGGGCUUCUGUGCCCUAAGCCCAGGGGCUGCCUUUAUAUCUACUGCUCUGCUGUGUGGAAAUUUGAUGAAAUUGGUUACAUUUACAUCCCAGAACUUUGGUUGAGUUUGCAGGACUGUGGUCAUGCAUGAAAGAGCCCCUCUGAUGAUGCCCUUGGAUGCUGCCAAGUCCAUGGUAGUUUUCAGUUUUGCCAUAUUUUGUUCUUCCUACCAGCCCCUGGAAUGUCUUUGGAUAUUGCUAAAAUCUAUGUCUGUGGCUGAGGUUUUAUCCACUGGACACAUUUGUGUCUGGGAACUAGGUUUUGCUGAGGUUAGUGUAACCUGGUAUACACAACUACCAUCCUCUGGACCAACUGCGGAAGCUGCGGCAUUUGUGAAGAAUCCUGAGCUUUGAUUCCUCUUCAGUCUCUCCAUUUGUUUCUUCCCCUCCCUACCCCCUAUUUCUAUUAAAACUAGGCCCUUUUUACAGAUAAGGUCAGUAGAGUUCCAGAAUAAAAGAUAUGACUUUUCUGAGUUAUUUAUGUACUUAAAAUGUGUUGUCACCAGUAUUUGUUCCCAAAAAUAUUAAAAGUAACCAAAAUGUU